AUAAAGCAAGUUUAGUUCUCAUUGAUUGAAAAACAUCACUUUUUCGUGCGGGAAUAAUCAGAGAAUUUUCGCGCGCAUUUUCUCUCGUUUUACGACCGGCGAAUGGCUCCGAAAUCUGAUAGCGCCGAAGCGAUAGUGCUCAACUUCGUGAACGAGCAAAACAGGCCACUAAAUUCUCAAAAUGUGGCUGACUCGUUGCAAAAGUUCAAUCUCAAAAAGGCAGCGGUACAGAAAGCAUUAGACAAUCUCGCAGAUAGUGGGAAGAUUUCAUUUAAGGAGUAUGGCAAGCAAAAGAUAUACCUUGCUCGACAAGAUCAGUUCGACAUCCCAAACAGUGAAGAGCUUAAUCGCAUGAAAGAAGAAAAUGCCAAACUUCAGCAACAGCUGGAAGAUCAGAAGAAAGCAAUUAGCGAGGUUGAGGGAGAAAUUAGGGCUUUGCAAUCAAAUUUGACCUUGGAACAAAUACAUGACAAAGAAGCCAAAUUAAGAAAGGAGGUAAAGGAAAUGGAGGACAAAUUGGUUAAACUGCGUGGGGAAGUUACCUUGGUGAGACCAGAAGAGGGAAAGGCAGUUGAGAAAAUGUACUCAGAGCAAAUAAGUCAGUGGAGAAGGCGUAAAAGGAUGUUCAAGGAUUUGUGGGAUGCUAUUACUGAAAACUCACCGAAGGAUCUAAAGGAAUUUAAGGAGGAACUUGGAAUUGAAUAUGAUGAAGAUGUUGAUGUGAGCUUGCAGUCAUUCAGUGAUCUGCUGCAACAUGGAAAGAAGCGGGCCAGAGGGCAUUGACUUUGUAUAAGGCGACAUGGAUCCCUUAGUCAAAUAUUUAGGCAUAUAAUUCUGGUAUUUUCUAGACAUGAAUUCAUUACAAAUUUUGUAUAUUCUGCAUCCUAGUAAGAAAAACUUUUUUUUUUUAUCUCAGCAGUUUACUUUCUGCAAUUUUAGUUCUUUCCAUAAAUUUUACUUGUCAAACAAACCUUUGUUCUACAAAUACUAUGCAAUAAUUAUUAGUUUAAA